AUGGCGGCCCUCAAUAUCCUGGGAUAUGUCGCGCACCACUACGCUCUCGCAAUCACGGCAGCAGCAACACUCCCCGGCAAGCAAAGCAGGCAGCAGCAGGAGCAGCGUGAGUGGGGCAAGUGGACUCCGUCCGACUUCAAGAUGCCCACGCCCGAGCCGUAUCCAGACUGGUCUAUCGAGACGACCAAGCCGCUGCCGUACCGGCCGUUCCGCUACGGGCCCAAAUACCACGUCACCAUGGGCCUGCGCACGGCGCGGCACGCCGAAUGGAUCGAGCUCGACAACCACUACCCGCGCUACCACGCCGACAAGGCCCGCCGCAUCCUCGAGCGCGGCCCCCAGUGCUGCCGCACCACCCCCGAAGCCUACCCCGCCGCCGUCGAGCUGCUCGAGGACCUCGCCGCCUACCUCCCCGCGCGGUACCCGUCGCUCUACCGCCGGGCCGGCCCCGACGCCCCGCUCGAAAAUCUCUGGUCGGGCGAGAAGUUCGACAUGUCCGCCCGCCCACUCCCCGAGGACCCCAUGCAGAUGUGCGCGCGGCUGGUGCAGGACGACCUGGCACUCAUGAUCGAGCGCGCCGACGGGCAGUACUACCUGCUGGCGGGCGCCAUCUUGCUGCCGGGGUUCUGGCGGCUGGGCGACAAGUUCGGCAUGGCGCUGCCCGAGAUCCACACGUCGGGCGACGUGCCGCAGUUCCGCGAGAAGCUCGAGCGCGGCAUGACCAACUUCUUCCGCCGCGUGCGCCCCGAUGAGAUGGUCGCGCGCAACAACUACUUCCUGCAGGUCGACGACGACCUGGCGUGGAGCUGGAGCAUCGGCGACGAGGAUUCUGCGCACGUCAGUUGGUCCACGGCCGAGAAGAACCGCGCGAUCGCCCACCACUUCUUCCGCUCCGAGCGCCAGACGCUGCGCCGCCUGCCGCGCACCGGCGCCGUGGUGUUUACUAUCCGCACCUACUUCCAUCCUGUGACCGAGAUUGCGCAGGAGGAGUAUGUGCCCGGCCGCCUAGCGAGUGCCGUGCGCAGCUGGGGCGAUGAUGUCAGUAGGUACAAGGGCAAGGAGCGGUACGGCGACGUGUUGCUUGAGUACCUGGACAAGAAGCACGCAGAGCAGGUGGAGCGCGGGCUGGACAUGAGCCGCGAGGACAAGGCCCGGGCAUAUCCGUACUGA